CUGAUUUUUUUAUUCAUUUUGGGGUCGCUGCCUUAUUCGUGCACUUUGAACGCACAAAAAGGAGUCACUCACUCACCUGCGGUUUAUAAAUCACUUACUGUAUAUUUCUUACUCGACUUUGUUUUUCCAAUCAUUCAAAUCUUCUGCUCAAAAACCACCACAACGUUUUCAAACCGGAUCAUUCUCAACUCUUACUCAAUCUUCACAAAGUAUCAAGGCAACCGAAUAACUCAACCCCGAUAUGACCUCGUUGUCAAGCGCACGUCCGGAAUUCAAAAUGUCUCCAGGAUGUUCAUCGGCCGAUAGCAUCGCUGAGCUCCGGCGAUAUAUAAACGACUUGACUGACCUUGAGGCCAUGCAGGUCGCUAUCGGUAUCGAUAUUGGAGGCUCUCCACCCCUCUAUCUUGAAAAAAUGAUCGUCGUGUGUCUUGACACAGAAACGUACCAUCGGCAGCCCAAGAUGCUCACAGAAAUUGGCAUCUCGACCUUCACGCGGCAAGAUUCCCAGGCAGCCCUCGACUCUCCAGGACCACAUAGCGAGAAGCGGUGCAAGGGAGAUCCAGAGCGAAAUCGCUUCGGCCAGACCCGCUUCGUGAACAAAGAGCAGGCGAUUAUGGUUCUCGAGGAGAUCUUCGCCUUCUCUAUCAACGGACGGGAUAAAUCCAUGCUCUGCCCAGUCGUAUGUCUGGGUCACGGCGUAUCUCGCCAUCUCGAGACUCUGCGGGAUAAUCUGGGCUUUAACAUCCAAAACUUGGGAACUAUCGUCAGGGUUGUGGACAUCGAAACUAUCGACCACGAUCUAGCAUACUCGUCCUGGGAUCAACCCGUCUCCCUUCGUACCAUUUGCGAUGGCUACUAUAUCACUGCCGAAAAUUUAUAUACUGCAGGAAACAACGCAAUGUACACCGCCAUCUGCGCUGUUCGCCAUGCUAUGGGUAGAGACACUGCGAGGGAAGCUAGAAAGCCGAUGGAUGAAGUCGUCGAGGAGAUUGCGGAGCAUACCAAGGGCGUCGAUCAACCUGUUGGCAAGAAGAAUCUUUGCACUAGGUGCGGGCGAUUCAACCACCGUAUCCCACAGUGCAAGGCAGUGCACGUUCGAUGCUCGACGUGCGCUGAGAAAGGUUUCUGGAGAGCUAGCAAGAUGCAUGUGGAUAGUGUCUGUCCCCACAAGGGAUGGUCUUGAUCUGCGUUUUGCUGUUC